UCGCCGACUCUGUUGUGAUACGAUAUAACAACUCCUGUGAAAACCACGCAAGAAAUAGUCAUCACGAUGUUUGUUUAUUUAAGCAAAAAGAUCGCCAUCCCCAACAACACCAAACUUCGUUGUGUAUCAUGGAACAGGGACCAGGGAUACAUUGCUUGUGGGGGAGAGGAGGGGCUCCUGAAAGUCCUCAAACUAGAAAUACAAACAGGAAAAGAUGUGAAGGUGAAAGGACUUGCUGCCCCCAGUAACCUGUCAAUGAACCAGACACUUGAGGGACAUAGUGGUGCAGUACAGGUGGUAACAUGGAAUGAGCACUACCAAAAAUUAACCACGAGUGACCAAUAUGGCCUCAUCAUUGUCUGGAUGUUGUACAAAGGCUCCUGGUAUGAAGAGAUGAUUAACAACAGAAAUAAAUCUGUGGUGAGAAGUAUGGGAUGGAAUGCAGAUGGACAGAAAAUCUGUAUCGUCUACCAAGAUGGAGCUGUGAUUGUUGGAUCGGUUGAUGGUAACCGAAUUUGGGGCAAGGAGCUGAGGGGUCAGGAACUUAAUCAUGUUGAGUGGUCACCUGAUGGGAAGUUCAUCCUGUUUGGAAUGGCCAAUGGGGAGGUUCAUGUUUAUGACAAUACUGGUAACUUUAUUUCAAAGCUCCAAAUUUACUGUCUCUCUGGAGUGAGUGGAGCAAUACAUAUUGCAGGUCUCCAGUGGUACAAUGGAAACCAUGGUUAUAUUGAGCCAAACUGUCCCUCCCUGGCUAUCUGCUUCGACACUGGACGCUGUCAGAUCAUGCGAUCAGAGACUGAUGAAAACCCGGUCCUGAUAGACACAGGAAUGACAGUGGCGCAGAUCGCCUGGAACCAUACAGGUGCGGUGAUGGCCGUGGCCGGAUCACAGAGGACCGUUGGCCAGGAUAAGGAUAUAAACGUUGUACAAUUCUAUUCUCCAUUUGGUGAGCACCUGCGCACCCUGAAGGUACCAGGAAAAACGAUGUAUUCAUGUUCCUGGGAGGGAGGCAGUUUAAGGAUUGCUCUGGCUGUGGAUAGUUUCAUUUAUUUUGCCAACAUUCGACCUGAUUACAAGUGGGGAUACUGUUCCAACACUGUGGUAUAUUCCUUCAGUAAACCAGAGCGAAUUGAACACUGUGUCAUCUUCUGGGAUACAAAAAAUGGAGAGAAAUAUGUGAAAUAUGUGAGGAAUCUGAUAGCCAUCACUGCAUGUGGAGACUACUGUUGCCUGGCAACAAAGGCUGAUGAAGUUGUGGGUCAGUAUGUGUUGGUGCUGUGUAACUCCAUCGGAACCCCUCUGGACUCUAAGUAUGUUGAGAUAGAUCCUGUAUACCUGAACAUGACAAAGACACAUAUCGUAGCUGCAUCAAAAGAAGCUAUCUAUACAUGGCAGUUCAAGAAUCCCAAAAAACUUUCAACACUAGAGGUCGCUGGAAGGAGACGAACAGGGACAGAAAGACUUUACCAUAUAGAUGACCAGCCAACAGGAUCCGCUGCACAAGACGAGGUGGACUUUAGCAAGGCUUACAAUGGGGGGGAGGACAAAACUCUGAUUGUGGUGAGUUGGUCAGACAAAACUCUGAUUGUGGUAAGUUGGUCAGGAACUGUAAAUAGAUACUCGAUGCCAAUGUUGUCGUUGACCCACAAAUAUGCCCUUAAUUAUCGUCCAUACCAAUUUGCUCUCAACUGUACUUCUAGCAUGAAAUGGGCGGAGGACAAUCCGGAGUUGUUUGCAAUGAUGGAGAAGACUCGGAUGUACAUCUUUAGGAAUCUUGACCCGGAGGAACCAAUCCUGAGCAGUGGUUACAUCUGUCAGUUCAACGACCUAACUAUCAAGUCAGUACUUCUGGACGAGAUCAUGAAAGACCCUGAGAACCCUACUAAAGACAAUAUGGCUGAGAUGGAGAUUAAGUCUCUGAGGGACACCAGGGAUCUGCUGGAGAAAGUUGGGAUCGCUGACGCUCAGCAGUUUAUUGAGGAUAAUCCACACCCAAGAUUAUGGAGAUUACUCGCUGAGUCAGCACUUGAACAGCUCAACCUCAAAGUGGCAGAGACAGCAUUCGUCCGUUGUCGUGAUUAUCAAGGGAUCGAAUUUGUGAAGCGAUUAGGAAAUCUUCAGAAUGAGAACAUGAAGCAGGCUGAAGUGGCAGCAUAUUUUCGUAGGUUUGAGGAGGCAGAAAGGAAAUACCUUGAUAUGGACAGACGAGAUCUUGCGGUCAGUCUGAGGAAGAAGUUAGGAGACUGGUUCCGUGUCGUCCAGCUAUUAAAGACAGGAUCAGGCGGAGACGAUGUACAACUAGAGGAGGCGUGGAAUGCCAUUGGUGACUACUAUGCUGAUCGUCAAAAAUGGCAGCAGGCAGUGACAUACUACGUACAGGGACGUAACCAGGAACGUCUAGCAGAGUGCUAUUACAUGCUGGAGGAUUACACAGGACUGGAAAAGAUGGUUCAGGCUUUACCAGAAAACCACAAACUGUUACCGGAUAUAGCAGCCAUGUUUGUUACCGUGGGGAUGUGUGAACAGGCUGUAGGUGCCUAUUCUAAGUGUAACCAUAUAAAGAAGGCCAUUGACUGUUGUGUCCAUCUGAACCAGUGGAACAUGGCCAUAGAACUGGCAAAAAGCAACAACGUACGUGAAAUUGACUCUCUACUGGCCAAAUAUGCCCAGCAUCUUCUGGAGAAAAACAAGACUGUCAAUGCUAUAGAACUUUACAGAAAGGCUGGACACUACCUAGAGGCAGCGAAACUCUUGUUUAAGAUGGCACAGGAGCAAGCGAAGAAGAGAGAAAAACCACUCCAUAUCAAGAAAAUGUUUGUUUUGGGAGGCCUCCUUAUAGAGCAGUACCAUGAACAGAUGAAGAUGACCUCAAGGGCAAAGGUCAAGGACAAGAAGGGUGCCAUGGCUGCAUCUGCAUUGGCUGGAUUCUUGGAGGAGGAUACCACGGCAAUUACAGACAGUAAACUGAUAGACAAUGCCUGGAGGGGAGCUGAGGCAUACCAUUUCUAUAUCCUGGCUCAGAGACAGUUACUGGAGGGAUAUGUGGACGCUGCCAUGAGGACAACGCUCUUCCUUCGAGAAUAUGAUGACAUCAUUGAUGCUGUUGACAUCUACUCAUUACUGGCUCUGACUUCUAGUGCCAACAAGGCAUUUGGAACAUGUUCCAAAGCUUUUAUCAAGCUUGAAACCCUAGAUACAUUGUCUCAGGACCAACGACAAGCUUAUGAGGAACUUGCCCUGGAAAUAUUCACAAAGAAAAGCCCAAAAGACAGCCGGACAAACAAGGUUGAGUGUACUAGCUGUGCUACAAGCAUUCCUGACUGGUCAACAGUUUGUCCCAACUGUGACACAAAGUUCCCUACCUGUAUUGUGACAGGGCGGCCAUUGAUGGAGUACCAAUUCUGGAUGUGCAGUGCUUGUAAACAUCGUGCUUAUGAGUCAGAGAUCACGAACAGACAGACAUGUCCUCUGUGUCAUACUCCUGUCUAACACCUCCCCAACUUAAGUGAUUUCUAAUGAAGGCGUGAUCAAAUCUAUCAAAGAAAACUUUAUUUUUCAUUUAGGAACAUUCAUUUGUUUACCUGGUAUUCAUAACUGUAUGUCUGAUUAUGUUGUUGCUAUGAGACUGUCGUCUGACUAGCAACUGUAAACCAACGCUUGUGUCAUUUCCUUAGUGAAAGUAAAUCACCACUAAUUAAGAUGAGACAAUAAUACUAUGUAAUAGUGUUGAUGGGGAACGUUCUGCAAGUAAUCACUAAAAUUCACAGAAAGUGGGUUUCCCAAUCAGUAUCAUUUUCCUUCUGCUUCAGUAGUAUUCAAUCAGUGCAAAGAUUUCUAUCCUUUUAAUGUUUUAAUGUAGAGCAACAUAAGGUUUUAGAGUGAUGAGUGUUAUACCACUCUCUAGCUUAUACUGCUUCACUGAAGUGUACUAUACCGACAAGCUUUUACUGUCCAUCAGUCUAUGUUUUUAUUCAUUUGUCAGUAACAGGCCUCUUGUGGGUAUUCUCUAGUGAUCUACCUUUGCUAGGUUUUAUAUCUGUAAGGAAUGUAAAUGAUUGCUUACUGAAAUUGGUCUUGUUGAUGAUAUCAAGAGUUUUGACCCUUGGUGAAACUUUCCAUAAACAUUUGUAGGGCGUGGGAAAUGGGGACCAGCAGUCUUUGUUUUAUUGAUGUACAAGCUGACUCAGUAGUAAGAUUUUGUCAAAUUCUUGUACAUGUAUUAUUUACCAGCAUUUUGCGGUAUGUCACGGUGACCAUGUGGUUAAGAUGUCUGACCAUCUUUUUCACUCACCCUCCAUCUCUUUGUCGUGGGUUCGAGGUUUACAUGGGGCAGUUCCCAGAUACUGGCUGCAUGGUGGUGUUCUUUCUGCGGGAGCUCGAACUUUCCGCCACCAUUUAAAUCUUACACAUCCUCAAAUGAUUCUGACUGUUAAUAGGACGUAAAACAGCAAUAAACUUCACCAAAUUGUGGUGAUCUGAAUUCGCACGUACAAUUGUAGCUCAUCAUACACUAACGUCAUGUUGUGAUAUCUUGGUUUUUAUUUAUUAAUAACUAUGUUUCAAAAUACUUUAAGUUAUAUUAUGAAAUCAUCUGACAUUUAUUGUAAUAUUUUUUCUGAUAAUCAUACUUUUUUUCCGUUAUAAAAUUGACAAGUGUUCAUUACCAGCUAGGUAUUGUGACAUUUUGUAGUUAUG